UUCUUCUGAGGGGAAACCUCAUUCCUGCUUAUCCCAACCCCUCAGACCAAGCAGGAUAUGCCCACAAAUUUCAAUUUUUUGGCCUUUUUCCCCUCAGGCCUGGCUCCAUGGCAGAGCAGGAGAGGCUGUGGCAUCUCUUGAGGCUGGUCCAGGAGGGAAACCUGGAUGUGCUACAGGAUUUGUGGAUUUCCUGAGGGAAAAAUUCCCAUUUUUCUGGGGGCCUGGCUCCAUGGCGGAGCAGGAGAGGCUGCGGCGCCUCCUCAGGCUGGUCCAGGAGGGAAAGCUGGAUCUCCUACGGGAUGAGCUGAGGCUGGAUGAGAUUCCAGAGGCUCUCAGCUGGCGCUGGGGAUGUUUGGGAGACUCCCUGCUGCACCACGCGGCUCGGUCGGGGCACCGGGAUGUGCUGGAAUUCCUGAUCCAGGAGAUCGGGAUGGACCCGGAGGUGGCCAACGGGGACUACAAGAGACCCAUCCAUGAGGCUGCUUCCAUGGGACACCAGGAAUGUGUGUCCUUCCUCCUGGAGAGAGGGGCCAGCGUGGACUGCUUGAAAAAGGGGGACUGGACUCCCCUGAUGAUGGCUUGCACCAGGAAAAACUUGGAAGUGAUCAAAACUCUGGUGGAGCACGGAGCCAAUCCCUUGUUGAGGAAUAAGGAUGGCUGGAAUUGCUUCCACAUUGCCAGCAGGGAAGGGCAUCCCGAGGUUCUCCGGUUCCUGCUGGAUGUGUUCCCAAACUGCUGGGACACGGAGAGCACCACGGGGAGAACUCCUCUGCACACAGCAGCAAUGCACGGCUGUUCCCAGGUCGUGGAGCUUCUCCUGGAGCGGUGCCAGUACCAGCCUGACAGCAGGGACAGCUGUGGGGUCACUCCCUUCAUGGACGCUCUCCAGAACGGACACGUCGGCAUCGCCCGGCUGCUCCUGGAAAAACACCAGGCCUGUCCCACAGCUGUGGAUGCCCUGGGUGCUCAGGCCCUGCACAGAGCAGCUGUGACAGCCCAGGAUGGAUCCAUCCAGUUCCUGGUGUCCGAGCUGGGCGUGGAUGUCAACGGGAGAGCGACGUCCCUGCGGCUGCCAGCCCUGCACUACGCUGCCAAGAACCAUCCGUGCCAUUCCCUGGGAAUGCUGGCUCCAUCCAGCCGUGCCCGCUCCCACAAAGGAGCCCUUUCUCCCGUUUUCCCGGCCUCCUGCUCCCAGGAUCCACAUCCAAAGCCCUUCUGGUUGCCAAGGGAAGGACAUGGACAAACCAUCCAGACCCUGCUGUCCCUCGGUGCUGAUAUCCAGGCUAAGGAUGGGAAGGGCCGUUCUGGUGAGAAUUCCAAGCUGUUUUUCCAAGCUUUAUGUGGCACCUGGAGCUUCCACGAGCGCGUCCCAACCUCUGCAUGCAGGGGAGAUGCCAAAUCCAUGGAUAUAUUUGCUCUGGGAGCAACACCAUGGAUCCAUCCCAGGGGUUUUUUUGGGCAUUUUGCAUUCCCUGGCUUCCAAUUUACUGGAAUUUCUGCUGGAGCUUUUCCCUGGGAGGGGCUGGGGGAAGAACAGAGACACAAAUUGGGAAUUCUCUGCUUAUUUUUCACCUGAGGAGCUCCAAUGCCGCCUCCUCCCGCUGAAAUUUCUCUGGAAUGAUCCUGUUGGAAGCAGCUUGGAUGGACAAACACAUGGAUCGAGCUCUCCAACCUCAAUUCCUCAGCAAAUCAGCCUGGAAAUGGCUGAUGAGCAAAUAAUACCAGGGAGCUGGCACGGAAAUAGAGUUGCUAUAGCGAUGCCGGAGAGUCGGCAUUCCCAGCGGGAAAAGCUCAGGCAAGCUCUUGCAUCAGCAUCUCCCAAAAAAAACCCCAAAAACCAAAAAAAAAAAAACCCUAAAAAAUUUAAAAAUUUGGGAAAAAAAAAAUGGACAAAUGGUUUCAGCCACUGGGGAAUUGCCCAGCCCUGGGGUUUGGUGAAAGGUUUUAGCGGAGCCGCCUCUCCCUCCGCCCCCUCUGGGAUUAAAUCCGAGCUCUGCUGAGCUCAUCCAGCCCUGGGAUGUUUUUUCCUGUUGCUUCUCCUUGGGUCACUGCGUCCUUGGGAAGCUUCUCAUCCACAGCAGGAUUAUCCAGAGGGAUCAGGAAGCCUCGUUUGGAUUACAGGGAGAUUGUUAACAGUGAGGGUGGGGAAGAGCUGGGUUGGAAUUCCCAGAGCAGCUGUGGCUGCCUCUGGAUCCCGGGAAUGGCCAAGGAAGGGUUGGAGCAGCCUGGGAUGGUGGGAGGUGUCCCUGGAAUGAGCUCUGAGCUCCCUUCCCAUCCCAAAGCAUUCCGGGAUUCUGGGAUUUGGGAGGCUCCGAAUCCAUCUGGAGGGAUUUUUCUGGGA